GCACUGCGUUCCGCUCUGGAGAUGUGGUGGAGGCUGUUUCCACGGUGGAUCUGGUUCAUGGUGUGUGUGUGGAUGGAGCUCCAGGUCCGAGCUACGCCACAAAUCACCUACUCACACGCGGGGAUCUGCCCUAACGACAUGAACCCCAACCUAUGGGUGGAUGCAAUGAGCACCUGCACACGAGAGUGUGAAACCGACCAGGAGUGUGAGUCCUUCGAGAAGUGUUGCCAGAAUGUGUGUGGAAAUCGGAGUUGUGUAGCAGCUCGUUACGUGGACGGGAAGAAAGGCCCAAUGGGAAUGCCAAAGGAGGCCACCUGUGCCAGUUUCAUGUGCACCCAGCAGGGCUCCGAGUGUGACAUCUGGGAUGGACAGCCGGUGUGUAAGUGCCGGGAUCGCUGCGAGCGGGAGCCGCACUUCACCUGCGCCUCCGAUGGCAUGACCUACUACAACAAGUGCUACAUGGAUGCAGAGGCGUGUUCUAAAGGCACCACCCUGUCUGUCGUCACCUGCCGCUUCCACCUCACCUGGCCCAGCACCAGCCCCUCGUUGCCCCAAGCCACCACUCCCCGUCCAACCACCGCCCCUCUACAGGCGACCGUUCCACCUCCUCAGCCUCCGGUCCUGGUCAGCGGGCCCGCUCACCAAAUCGUAAAUGUGGGCGACACGGCCAGUUUCCUGUGUGACGUGAUGGGUCGCCCCCGGCCUGAGAUAACCUGGGAGAAGCAACUGCCUGCAGGUAUGGAGAGGGUUGUCAUGAGGCCCAAUCAUGUGCGUGGGAACAUGGUGGUCACUAACAUCGGUCAGCUGGUCAUCUACAAUGCCCAGCCGCGUGAUUCAGGUGUCUACACGUGUACGGCUCAGAACCCGUCUGGGUCAGUGCAGGCCAGCCACCCGCUCACUGUCCUGCCCAUAGAGAUGCCCAUGCCGCCUGAGCCAAAGACCGUGACCCGCUGCCCGCCCGAGGAGUGCCUGAAGCCCUCUGAUAACCCAGAGGAUUGUGGGAGUGAGCUGGAGAAUGUCAGCUGGUACUACGAGCCCAAGACCAACAACUGCAUCUCCUUCAGCCACUGCAACAACAACAACAACAACAGCGGGCACCCCAGGAAGGUCUUCGAGACACAUGAGGAGUGCAUGCAGUGCUGCGGUCCAGAGCUGUCGGGCCCCUGUGGUCUCCCCGGCCUGCAGGGCCCCUGUAAAGCCUACGAGCCGCGUUGGGCCUACAGCAGCACCCUGCAACAGUGUCAGUCCUUCAUCUACGGAGGCUGCGAGGGCAACGACAACAAUUUCGAAUCCAAAGAAGCCUGCGAGGAAAUGUGCCCCUACCCGAAAAACCACCACUGCAAGUCCUGCAAGCCGAAGGGCAAGAUGGUGACGAGCUUCUGCCGGAGCGACUUCGUCAUCCUGGGUCACAUGACGGAGCUCAAAGAGGAGAAGGACUCGGGCCACGCCCUCGUGACCGUGGAAGAGAUCCUGAAGGACGAGAAGAUGGGGCUUCGCUUCUUUGGCAGGGAGCCCCUGCAGGUCACCUUCCUCAACAUGGACUGGAACUGCCCGUGUCCGAACAUCACGGGCGCCGCCGCCGAGGGACAGGUCAUCAUCAUGGGCAACGUCAACGACGGCAUGGCGGUCCUGCACCCGGAGAGCUACGUGGGCGCCACCAGCCCCCGUCGCGUACGGAAGCUGAGAGAGGUCAUCUCUAAGAACACGUGUGACAUCCUGAAAGCGAUCACCAACAGCCCUCAGUAG